AUGUCUGACGAAGGAGAAGAAAGCGAUGGUGGGAGAGCGCGUCUCUCGGAGUCUCCCUCCUCGCCGCGGUCCCUCAGUCAUCCCCGAGGAUCUCCUUCCUCUCCGCGGCCCCUGGACCUCUGCUCCUCCGCCUCACCGCUGCUUGGAGAUACGGACCCACCGUAUCUCGCUUCUCCGGAGUGCCUCAACCCAUCAUUAGAGAGCAAGGACCCGGACUACUCCACACAAUUUACACCUCCAAAGUUCCAUCAGUCCACUGAUGACACAAGCUGUCCUAUUGCUUCGCGGCAGGAUGUGCGUUUAAAUGCGGUAUAUGACCACUAUGAUGACCCGUUUCCCAAAUGGAGAGGUCGUGGCGCGGCGAAUGCGGAGCGCUUUCAGCACCGCGGACAGAGAUUGCACCGUGGCCCGGAGCUGUCGGACUACGGAAAUCACUAUGGUGGGGAGCAAAUAGACACAGACUUCAGAACAGAAAGCCGCCAAACGGUGGAGGCCAUGCACCGGAGGCACACCACACUGCGGGAGAAAGGGCGUCGCCAGGCUGUGCGCGGCCCGGCCUACAUGUUUAAUGAGCGAGGGUCUGCGCUCACUGCAGAAGAGGAGCGAUUCCUAGACGCUGCUGAAUAUGGAAAUAUCCCUGUAGUGCGUAAAAUGCUGGAAGAGUCCAAAACUCUGAACUUCAACUGUGUGGACUACAUGGGCCAGAAUGCAUUGCAGCUGGCCGUAGGAAACGAACACCUGGAAGUGACAGAACUUUUACUAAAGAAAGAAGGUUUGGCAAGAAUAGGUGACGGUCUGCUUUUAGCUAUUUCCAAAGGAUAUGUUCGCAUUGUGGAGGCUAUAUUGGCACACUCAGCAUUUGGAGGGGGUCUGCGCCUGGCAGUGUGCCCAAUAGAGCAGGAAAUGCGUGACGAUGACUUUUACGCCUAUGAUGAAGAUGGGACACGUUUUUCCCAUGACAUCACCCCAAUCAUACUGGCUGCUCACUGUCAGGAGUAUGAGAUAGUGCACAUCCUGUUGACUAAAGGGGCUCGCAUAGAGAGGCCCCAUGACUACUUCUGUAAGUGUGACGAGUGCUUGGACAAGCAGAAGAAGGACUCUUUCAGUCACUCACGCUCCAGGAUGAAUGCUUAUAAAGGACUGGCCAGCGCUGCGUACCUGUCCUUGAGCAGUGAGGACCCUGUGCUAACUGCCUUGGAGCUCAGCAAUGAACUGGCAAGACUGGCCAACAUCGAGACUGAGUUUAAGAAUGACUACCGUAAGCUGUCCAUGCAGUGUAAGGACUUUGUGGUGGGGGUGCUGGACUUGUGCCGGGACACUGAGGAGGUGGAGGCCAUCCUCAACGGAGACGUGGACCUGUGCCCCCCCAGUGCCUACAACCGACCCUGCCUCAGCCGCGUCAAACUGGCCAUCAAGUAUGAGGUCAAGAAGUUUGUGGCCCAUCCAAACUGCCAGCAGCAGCUGCUCACUAUCUGGUAUGAGAACCUGCCAGGCCUGAGGCAGCAGUCCAUCGGGGUGAAGUGCUGGACCGUCCUGGGAGUCACUGUGGGGCUGCCCUUUUUGGCUAUUGCCUACUGGAUCGUGCCAUGUAGCAAGCUUGGUCAGAUCCUACGGAGUCCCUUCAUGAAGUUUGUUGCUCAUGCGGUCUCCUUCACCAUCUUUUUGGGGCUGCUGGUGAUCAAUGCCUCCGACCGCUUUGAGGGGGUCAAGAACUUGCCCAACGAGACCAUCACGGACCACCCCCGCCAGGUCUUCAGGGUCAAGACCACACAGUUCUCCUGGACAGAGAUGCUCAUCAUGAAGUGGGUCCUGGGUAUGAUCUGGUCUGAGUGUAAGGAGAUUUGGAGUGAUGGGCCGAGGGAGUAUGUUCUUCACCUGUGGAACGUCCUGGACUUCGGGAUGCUCUCCAUCUUUGUAGCAUCGUUUACUGCACGAUUCAUGGCUUUCCUCAAGGCGACCAAAGCACAGCAGUAUGUGGACAUGCACGUGCCUGAUGACGACCUUAGCAACGCCUCACUGCCCGAUGAAGUGGCCUACUUCACUUUUGCCAGAAACAAAUGGCGCCCCUCCGACCCCCAGAUCAUCUCCGAGGGCCUGUAUGCCAUUGCUGUGGUGCUCAGUUUCUCACGUAUUGCCUACAUCCUGCCAGCCAAUGAGAGCUUCGGGCCACUGCAGAUCUCCCUCGGCAGAACAGUGAAAGACAUCUUUAAGUUCAUGGUCAUCUUCAUCAUGGUGUUUGUGGCCUUUAUGAUAGGAAUGUUUAACCUCUACUCAUACUACCUGGGAGCCAAGUACAACCCUGCCUUUACCACGGUGGAGGAGAGCUUCAAGACACUUUUUUGGUCAAUUUUCGGUCUGUCGGAAGUUAUCUCUGUUGUCCUCAAAUACGAUCAUAAAUUCAUCGAGAACAUCGGCUAUGUCUUGUAUGGGGUCUACAAUGUUACAAUGGUGGUGGUCCUCCUCAACAUGUUGAUAGCAAUGAUCAACAGCUCAUACCAGGAGAUAGAGGAGGAUGCUGAUGUGGAGUGGAAGUUUGCUCGAGCAAAACUGUGGCUCUCGUAUUUCGAUGAGGGACGCACACUUCCUGCUCCAUUCAAUCUGGUCCCAAGUCCAAAGUCCUUCUACUACAUGGCGCUCCGCAUCAGGUCUUGCCUCGUCCACAUGUGUAAGGCCAACGGACAUCACUGCAACGAACUGGAGAUGGGCAUGCUCAACUCUCAGAACAAGGACGAGCGCUUCAGGACCUACCCUCGGCCGGGAGAGGAGUUUAUGCCCCGGAAAACUCGAAAACACCCCACAAGAUACCAGAAGAUCAUGAAGAGGCUGAUUAAGCGCUACGUCCUGAAGGCACAAGUGGACAGAGAGAACGACGAAGUUAAUGAAGGCGAGUUGAAAGAGAUCAAGCAGGACAUCUCCAGUCUCCGUUACGAGCUUCUGGAAGAGAAAUCCCAGGCCGCUGGAGAACUGGCUUUGCUUAUUCAGCAACUGGGCGACAAGUUUGGCAAAAACACCAUGAGACAUUAACGGUACUGCAGCAAAAGUAAGAGAAGGGUGAGACUGAGACAGAAGUUAAUAAGCAGUAAGAGCUCAGAUGAAGAAGGUGUCAACUUUAAGAGAAGGUUUUGUCAAGGCAAAAAACUUAGACUUAUGUAUAUGCAAAGAGUAAUUAUAAAGGAUAGGAAAAGUUAUCUUGAGGACUAGAGGUCACACAUACUCAUGCUGAGAAGAGUGAGAUGACAGGUGAAUCUGAAUUAAAGCCAUCUUCAGGGACAGUUGGGGAGAGGGGGCUUCUGGGUAAAAUGAUACAGUGCAUGAGGUAUUGUGGGACUUUGACAGACGUGAGGGGUAAAUAUAUGGGAAGAAUAGAUUUAGGAGGGGAAAAAGUGCCACUGCUCUUAACAAUUGUAUACUUUGCUUUAAAUGUUGUUAUGUCUUCUUCUGCUUGUCAUCAUACUGCACAACCCUUUUUGUACAUCAGGCAAUCUAAUUAACCCAUUCCUAUAUGUGUUUAUUGUUGAGUUUAGAGCUGUUUAAAAUAGGAAAACACAUCUUUCAUUUGAUGAUUUAUGCUUAUGUUUUCAGUCUGAAUCAUAAUAUCUUGUUUAUUUAGUAAUUUGUGCGAAUAUGGCCAAGUCAAAGGGGAAAUUUACCUGACUGAUUUAUUUAUUAAAGUGCCAUUCUAAAUAACACGUGCCCUUGUGUAGCAGAAGUGAAAAAAAAAAAAAAAAAAAUCGUACAAUAUACUCAAAAACAUUGUUAAAUAGAAACAGAUCUUCACAAUCUCUAUAAUGACUCAUCUUUUUUGCCAUAAGUAUUUGGGAUUCAGUGAAGAUAAUUAUAUGGUUUUGGAUACAGGCUAAGGGCAAAACAUAUUAUCCACAACUAAUCUAGAUUUACAUUUUUUAGUUCCAGUAUUAUUUUGGAUGUUUAAAAUGAACCACAUGCUUACACAAAUAUUAUUUUAAUUUAGUGACUUAUGCAACAUUUAUACUGUGCUAGAGUGAUGCAUAAAUUGUCAUUAACUUUUAGAUAAUGCUACUACAGGGUUUUCCAGGUUAAACUAUUUUGAUAUGCUUCAAGUGUUGGUAUUCUCUUGGAUGUAGAGUUUAUUCUAUAGAAACAAUCUCCAGCACCUUCACUCUAUGUAUUUGAACUUGUCAUUAAAAGACACUGUGUGAGUUAUCUUAUGAUAAAUAAGACAAUGGUAUAAAUUAUUUAUUCAAAGGAUAGUUCCAGGUUUAUUUGAUUAAGACUUGUGAAUUCAUGUAUUGUUUUUAUGUCUGAGAGAUCUCUAGAGCAGCUCACUAUUUCAUUAGUUUGUAUGCAGCCCACUUUUCUGUCACAAAGACAAAUCUCAACUGUAUUUUUAAUGGUCACUAAAUCACAGA